UCGCAACGGCACCCAUCACCUCAUCUUCUUAUCCCCCGCCUCCUCCCGCCGCUGCUGCUCACUCCCGAGGCCCGAGCUCCCCAGCGGCAAGCCCCCCAUGGCGUCCACCACCCUCUCCUCCGCCUUCACCCUCCUCUCCCGCCCCUCCUCCUCCCCGUGCCCCUCCGCCUCGCUCGCGAGGUCCUCCGUCGCCGUGCCCCACGGCCGCCGGGGCCGCCGCACCGUCGCCGCCGCGUGCACCGCCACCGAGUCCCCCAAGGUCCUCGAGCUCGGGGACGCCAUCGCCGGGCUCACGCUCGAGGAGGCCCGCAGCCUCGUCGACCACCUGCAGGAGCGCCUCGGCGUCACCGCCGCAGCCUUCGCGCCGGCCGCCGUCGUCGCGGCGCCGGGGGCGGGCGGCGCGGGGGCGGCCGAGGAGGCGGCCCCCGUCGAGAAGACGGAGUUCGACGUCGUCAUCGAUGAGGUGCCCAGCAGCGCGCGUAUCGCCACCAUCAAGGUCGUGCGCGCGCUCACCAGCCUCGCGCUCAAGGAGGCCAAGGACCUCAUCGAGGGCCUCCCCAAGAAGCUCAAGGAGGGCGUCAGCAAGGACGAGGCCGACGACGCCAAGAAGCAGCUCGAGGAGGUCGGCGCCAAGGUGUCCAUCGUGUGACACUAGAGCAAUGUGAGUAAACCCCUUUUUGCAUUUGACAUGGCGUGUAUGUUCCACCAGUUGGAGAAUAAUGUACUUUUCCAGAUGCAUAUAUCUACUUAGGGAGCUGAACGCCGCAGUUGGUUGUGGAAAUUAUGUGUUGUAAUCCUAGAUUAUUUCAAGAGUUCCGUUCGUCGAAGCCGUUGAUGGUUACGGGAUACCUUACAACAUUGUAUUUUCUAUAAUCUUUAGUCCUCAAGUUGUAUUUACAUGAAACCACUAGUUUACCUGAACGUGCAGCUAUGGCUACAGCCGAAAUCUAUGGCA